CCAUCGUCCCAAGCUGUCUCAACCAAUCCAACUUGUCUGAUAGCGACCGCCGUUUCCAUGAAGUCCUUCAUCCUCCUUUCACUCGCCUGCUUGGCUGUCAGCCUACCUAGCUAUGCGGGAACUCGGCAAGCAGAUCUCGACCUCCCUGACAGCGUCUAUGAGUCUGCCGAUCCUACCAGCUUGCCUGCUCCCACCGCAGCCACACCCAGUAACGCAGCCUUGCACCGGAGGGGAGCCGGAGUCUUACUCGGUCGCCCGAAACGUCUUCCGCGCCCGCGUCGAGCCCUCCAAGACACUCUCCGAGGAGCCCUCUAAGGAGCCUUAUACGGAACCCCUUAAAAAGUCUCCGCUACGCCCAAGCCAGCACGUAGAUAUGUACUGUCUACGUCUAGCUCGGAUUGUUCUUAUGACCCAACAUUACAAAACUAUUCCGAGCUUUCUUCUACAGAGGAACCAAGUCAGGGCGGAGGCAAAGGCGGCUGCUACCUUUAGUUAACGACACUUCGGAGGACUUACGCUGGAUGACGGUGAAUACAAUGGGGUGUGCCUUGCCUUUGAGGUAAUUGUAUCAUAACGUUUCUUGCUAUGUGUUUGUCCCAUUGAGGUAACCAUCUACAAUAUUAUAACAUGAUAUGUUUGUGUGCCUUGCAUGCACGUUCACC